UUUGUUUUCAAGGUUGACAUGAACGCGGUAAACCGAUUGUAAUAUGCCGAGGCAGCGUUCAUACACUUCAACCGAACAGGACAAGGCAAAGUCAGUCAAUAAAGAAUUUUUUAGUAAGCAAUACAAAUCCUUGAAGACGUAUAUCCGAAGUACUGGCUCUCAUCCUGUUCUCAACUCAGGAAUAUGCUCAUCACAAAGUCCGGGGAUACCUGGAUCUCCUGCUUCAUUAGCCGCAAAGAGAGGGGUCUUUUAUCAAGAUGACAAUGGAAAAAUUAUCAGCUUAACUAAAUCAAGGAAAUCUAAUCAUUCCGACGGCAGUAAGCUGAUUUCUGAUUCGAAAAGUAGAUUGGUACUGGACUUGUCCUCUUUGGGGCUUGACAGCGUUUCUCCGGACAUUGGAAGUCUCAGUCAUUUAAUAGAGCUUUUUUUGUAUGAUAAUAAGUUAACAUGUCUUCCCUUGCAGAUCGGACUUCUGAAGAAUCUCCAGAGAUUAUGGCUCCAAGAAAACUCCCUCACAUUUCUACCAGAUGAGCUUGGUUAUUGUUCAAAACUAACUCAUCUUGAUAUCAGGCACAACAGGCUUGAAGGUUGCAUUCCUGUUGUUAUAACAAAAUUCACUUUAAUGAAACAACUCUACCUGACUUACAAUAAAUUAACAGAUAUAUCUGCUAUUGGUAAUUUAUGUCUUUUACAGACAUUAGUAGUGAAAAGUAAUCAAUUGCAAGGACCGAUUCCAGAUUGUAUUGGAAAUCUUACGCAAUUGAAAACUCUGGAUCUGUCGAAGAAUCGUCUGACCAAAAUUACUGAAAAUAUAGGCAAUUGUAAAUUGCUAUCCCGUUUUCUUGUGGAUUAUAAUCAAAUAGAUGAAUUGCCAAAAUCAAUUGGUCAACUUUCAGAACUUACGGUACUAGGAAUUAAAUAUAACUGCUUAAGUGAACUCCCAGUUACAAUAUGUAAUUGCGAGCAUUUAACCGAACUGAAUAUUGAAGGCAAUCAUAUAACUCAGCUACCGGAAAAUCUACUGUGUCAUUUAAAAGAUUCACUUUCUGUAGUACUAUCUCGUAAUGAUUUCAAUUCUUUCCCAAUCGGUGAUAAAACUCAGUAUAAAAAUGUCAAGCAUUUCAGAUUGGAUUAUAAUCGUUUAGAAAUAUUCGAAGCAGUUCAGCUGUCAGAAAAUACUCAAUUGACUACACUAAACUUAUGCAACAAUAACAUUAUUACUUUGGACUUUACAGGAAUAGAAACAUUGAAACAUCUUGUUGAAUUAGAUCUUUCUUAUAAUCAAAUUGGUCACCUACCUGAUUCAAUUGGCGAGUUAGUAUCUUUAGAAAUAUUAGAUUUGACUAGUAAUCGCUUAGAGGGAUUACCAAACAGAAUUGGCGAAUUGGUCAGAUUAGUACAAUUGGAAUUAGAAUCCAAUCAAAUCAAAUCAAUUCCUUUAAACAUUGGACAAUUAUGUCAAUUGCAAACACUUAAUCUAGAUGUAAACAAGUUAUCUAGACUUCCGUCAACCAUAGGAAAUCUGAACAAUUUAAGGAAACUGAGAGUGAAAGACAAUCUUCUUCAACGUUUACCACCUGAAAUCGGAAAACUGCAGAAUUUAACACAUUUGUAUCUGUCAAAUAAUAAGCCACUGGAUUUGCUUCCUAUUGAAUUAGGAAUGCUACCUUCUCUGCGAUUUCUGGGUAUUGAUGGUUGUAGUCUCAAACAGAUGCCUGUUGAUAUAACAAAAAAUGGAUCAGCCUCCAUCAUUAAGUAUUUACGUGAUCUAUUGUGUAUUCAUAGCCGAAUUUGUCAAAAUUCUAUUACAUAAUAACUUCAUGUAUCAACGAAUAUCAGCAAUCCAUAAGUAUGAUGAUAUUUUUCACUACAAACAAUUCCAUAAUAAAUAAAACUUCAAACGACCAGCUUCGAGAUCCACCAAUUAAACUACAAGAAAUUCUUCCUUUUUUAAAAAAGAAUAUACAUUUCAUCACUAAACAAAAUGGUAGAGCCAACAAAACAAUUUAAUUUUUAAUAGAUUUCAUUGGAAAAUGUUUUUCAGAAUACUCAAACCUUUUAAUAAAUAAGAACUUUAGUCUACAUUUGAACGAAUAGUUUCACAAUAUUUGGGCGCCCAGUUAAUGUGAGUCAUUAAAGAGGAAGAAUGCAUUUGUAAAAUCUCAGCGAAAGAAUUUGAAGUAAAUUCAACGUUUCGCCUGGCAAUCUUGUCCAAGCUUUUCAUUGAUGUCUCAAACUUUUAGUUUUUAGUGAAUAAUUGUUAUCGUUUCGAAAUAUUUCUUAAUAUGUACAUAAUUGACAUCAUAAAUCUAUUUCUAAUCUUUUAAUCCCAUGGUAGAAUAAUAAAAAAAGAACGAAUCGUUCAUUAUCUUAUGAAUCUCAUGUUUUUACAGCUGUUUUUGAUUCGAUGAAAUUCAAUUGAUACAGAUUAGAAAUCUAUUUCAGCUAAAAAAAAACAAAUUUGCUAUUAUUUAUCUUAAUUAUACAAGCAUAUCGAAUGAUGGACAAUUAUCUCAUGAAGAAUAAACGCUUUAAUUUUUUAAAUGUCCCAUUAACUUUGUAUGGUCCCUAAAGUAUCAUAGCUUGUUUGUUAACAGAAAUUCGAGAUCUCUAAUGUAAAAUCUAGAAGAUAUCUAAAGAAGGAAAUCUCUUUUUUCCCCGGUUGGAGACGAACCAACCGUUAAUCAUGUUUUCUAUUCAAACAUUUACGGUGGCUUAUGAAAUAAUUAUAGAUAAUCUCUGUGAAUUGUUUUGUUUAGUUUCUAAAUAAAAAAUAAUACAUUUUCAUUU